UUUGCGCAUUUAUUUUUGCCGCCAAUAAAUGUGAAAUGAAUGUGUCUGCGGCUUCGUUUAAUAACUCCUUCGUGGAGGAGGACGAAAUACGCCUCGGCUAUAACCACGAGAACAUCAAGACCUUCCUGGGGAAGUCGUCCAUCAAGGAUUUGUUUCCGUUCGCAAAUGACACCUCAGACGCCAAGCAGUUGCUAGAUCGUUUUGUGGCCACCUUAUCCGGGAAGCUCGAGCUGCGUCUGGAGAAUCUCCUGGAUCUGUUUACCCUGUCCAUUAUGAUGGUGACGUACCAAAGAGACAACUUAUUGCUGACGAAGGAGCGUUUUAUGCUGGUGGAUGCGGUCAGUCAUCUGGCGGAUUCCCUGAAUUCAGAAGAGCUGAACUACAUGGCCACUGGUUUGUACGACAACUUAAUAAGAGGCGUGGGAUUAGAGCGCCUGGAAAGUGUCCUGGACAUGCAGGCCGCCAUUCCCUCCUUGGUGGCUUCCUGCAGACUGGGCAACAAUAUUGCUGUGGCCCUGCUGCUCACCAUUAUGGGGCAGUACACGGGAGUACCAGUUCAAUUGGAUAACAAAGAAAGUGCCCACAAGGCUUUCGAAAUGGCCAAAUUGAUCAACUGGCAGCAGCUGGCGGACAGUGGCCGCCAAGCGGACAUGUUUAUGCUGGUUAGAACCUUCAGCCUGAUCAUCAAUUGCCGCCGGGUACGCGAAGAGUGUCUAGACUGGAAGGAUAACCUGGGUGCGGAGAUACACAAGUACUUCCUUCAAGUGCGCAAGGCUUUCGAUCACACUGCUGCCUUUGGAUCCUUCGAAAUGAUGAUUGAGCGCUUCAUCGCUUACUGUGUGGUUCGCGGAGCCACAACCACACCUCAACUUUGCAACUACAAGAUUUCCGAGCUCACGAAUUCAGAGUCUCAAAAUAUGUGGGAUUAAGUGUGAUAUUGACAAAGAUUCCUAUACCUGUUAAUGAACCUAGACUUAUACGAAGAGCAUUAUGUGAAGUGCACAUAUUUAGCAUACAGCUGAGAUCAAAAAGGAAGACCAAAUUUUAAUCUGUUAAGUAGUGAACUUAAGCUUGUUUCUUUUUAAUAAAGUAGAUUAAUUUC